CUAUUGUGUUUCGGGACUAAUACGAGCAAUGACAUGAACAUCCAGCACGGCACUUGUCAGUCAAAUACUCAAAUAGUCAAUUGUUAUUAACCUCUGUACGGGUUGAUGCUUGUUUACAUACGUUCUAAUUUAAUUUUUUCUCGCACAAAUUGAUUUGUUGUUGACUUUAUACCGAUCUAUUCAAUAAAAUAUCGUGAGCGUACAAAAAGAUACAGUGUACAUAACCGCAGUGCAGCUCGGAAGAGGCAGAUAAAAGGAGAUCGCAACGGCGAACAAAAUGUCAGGGCCAAUGGUGCUGUGUCAACUAUGGAUGGGUGGCCUGGAACCAUACAUGACAGAGAGCUUUAUAAUGAAUGCAUUUCACAAAAUGGGCGAACAGCCGCAAACGGUAAAAGUUAUGCGAAAUCGGUAUACUGGCGAGCCAGCAGGAUAUUGUUUUGUACAUUUUCCAACUGACGAAAUGGCGCUCGAUGCCAUGCACAAAUUGAAUGGCAAGGUGAUACCUGGUUCGAAUCCUCCAGUACGAUUCCGAUUAAAUCACGCCAGUACUACAGGGAAACCUGCCGCCGAACGGGAAUUCAGUAUUUGGGUAGGCGAUCUGUCCACCGAUGUAGACGAUUACUCUUUAUAUAGGGCAUUUGCCGCGAAAUAUAACUCGAUUAGGACGGCCAAAGUUAUAUUGGACAGCUCUGGAUUCAGUAAAGGCUACGGUUUUGUUAGAUUCGCGAACGAGGAGGAGCAGAAAAAUAGUCUAAUCACUAUGAAUGGCUACAGAGGACUUGGAACAAAAUCCCUGAAGAUCUGCAACGCAGUGCCUAGACCUUGGAAUAAAAUAUCUGGUUCGACACCACCGCAAUCAACUUCUGAAUAUCCAGCAUCAAAUAUGAAUUCAGAGGCAUACAAUUACUAUGAUACAUCGUCAUACUGGAAUAGUUACAGCGCUUGGCAACAAGGUUACUACGAAAGCGAGCCCACGUCAGAUGCUUACAACAGCUAUGUAUCUGAUCAGAAACCGGAGGAAGAUGAAUUAGAAUUGAUCGAACAUUCAAUCCCCAUUGACAUCGAUAAGGUGAACAGAGAAAUAAUCGAACAAGAUUAUAAUUUGUGGGAUGCUUUGGAAAGCUCAAAAUGGAUUCCAUGUGACACUUUAGAAUUAUGCUAUUAAGAGUAAAAAAUAAAAAAAUAAUUACACAAGAAGGUACAUUACCAUUAUCAUCAUCACACAUGUAAUACAAAAAUGUCAAAAAUUUAUUUCAAUCUUUUAAAUAUAUAAAAAAAUGUAUAUUUUA